AUGUUGCCAGAGGGAAAGGUGCAACGUUUGCUCUACGAGCUCUACGCUUAUUUUGCGAUAUUCAUCGGCGUGACAAGCUAUCGCUACGACUAUAAGCAGCAAGUGUACAAGAACAACAAGUGGACACAGUUUGUGGCCAGCUUGGGCAACCUCUUCGUAUACGUAUUAAUCCCAUUGGACAUUUACUAUGUGGUGAUGGAUAACUUCGGGCUGGACUCGGCAACGGAUAUGGCUGUGCGAAUCGAUACGUUGGUCAAUGAUGUCGUUUGUCUGCUGCGUGUGUUGCAACGAGUUCCCAGGGAACGUGCAACGAAGCAACUCUUUCAACAGUUGCAACGAGUGCAACGCAUUCAUCGCUUUGGCGGAGUAAAAGAUACUCAAGUUGAGUUGCAAAUGAAGCGCAUUUAUUUGCUUAAAAAUAUCUUACUCUGGCUGCUGACAAUCUCGCUGUUGAUCUUCAUGAUGCUCGCCUUUGAGAAGUUCGGCUCGAACAUAAAGAAUCCCAUUGGAACCCAACUCAUUGUGAUACUCUACACCUUGGUGAUUGAUGGCCAAGAUGUGGCCAUCCACAUGCAUUUCUUGCUCAGCUGGCGCAUCUGUCAAGUCUACUUGCAUCUCAAUGCACGUGUGAAGCAAUUGCUUAAACGUAACGCAGCUACGGUCACACUGGAACUGCAGCAUUUGCGCUGGCAACACUGGCAACUCGCACUGCUAUUUCAACGUUUGAAUGUCGCCUACAACUUCAUCUUGCUCAGCUCACGUUUCAGCCUUAUUGUUACCGCUGCUGCUUUGGGCUAUUACAUCAGCAUAUUUAACUCAUUGGGAAAUCAGAAAAGCAUUAUGAUUACAUCCUUUGCUCUCUAUGCCAUAAUUGCAUUGGAUUGCUAUCUGCUUGAUUUGAUCUACGAUCUGACAAAACAAUGCCAUCGGGAGACAACUUGGCAGCUCAGAGAACACAAUUUGGUGAAGAACCCCAACUCUCAUCUCUCAAACGGGUGUGACCAGUUUGCACUGCAAAUCGCCUGCUUUCCACUGGAGAUCAAGCCUUACGGUCUUUUUCCCAGCGGCAAGGCGACUUGGCUCAGCAACAUUGUCUGCAUUUUCAGCUGGAUGAUUGUGCUUCUACAAUAUCACAUGGUUGCAGAGAAAUAA